AUGGGGUACCUCUCCUGCCGGGCGGACUCGUCCGCGGCGACGUGCCGCUCCAUCACCGCCAUCUCGCCGCUCCCCAUCAUCUCGCGCCGCUCGGCAGGGGCCCGCGCGCCGCCUCCCGCCCCGCCGGAGAUCGAGCGCUUCUCCUACGCCGACCUGGAGGCGGCCACCUCCCACUUCGCCGACGCGGCCCUGCUCGGCCGGGGCAGCCACGGGGCCGUCUACAAGGCCGUGCUCCCCUCGGGCCGCGCCGUCGCCGUCAAGCGCCCCUCCCCGCGCCGCGCCGAGGUGGACAACGAGAUCCGCAUCCUCUCCUCCCUCCGCGGCCCGCGCCUCGUCAACCUGCUCGGCUACUCCGACCCGGGCCCCGACGACCCGCGCGCGCGCCCCCGCCUCCUCGUCGUCGAGUACAUGCCCAACGGCACGCUCUACGACCUGCUCCACCCCUCCCCCUCCCCCUCCUCCUCCUCCCGCCGCCCGCCCGGCUGGCCCCGCCGCCUCCGCCUCGCGCUGCAGACCGCCAGGGCGCUACGCGCGCUCCACCACGACGCCGACCCCGCCGUCAUCCACCGGGACGUCAAGUCAGCCAACGUCCUCCUCGACGCCAACCUCGACGCCCACCUCGGCGACUUCGGCCUCGCCCUCCGCGUCCCCAGCUCCGGCAUCACCAAUGCCACCACCACCCCCACUCCACCCCCCGCCGGCACGCUCGGCUACCUCGACCCGGCCUACGUCACGCCCGACAGCCUCAGCACCAAGACUGACGUCUUCAGCUUCGGGAUCCUGCUGCUCGAGAUCAUCAGCGGCCGCAAGGCCAUCGACGUGCAGUACUCGCCGCCCUCCGUCGUCGAGUGGGCCGUGCCGCUCCUCCGCAAGGGCAAGGUCGUCGCCCUCUUCGACCCGCGCGUGGCGCCGCCCCGCGACCCCGUCGCCCGGAGGGACCUCGCCGUGCUCGCCGCCAGCUGCGUGCGCUCCAACAGGGACCGCCGCCCUUCCAUGUCCGACAUUGUCGACCGGCUCAGCGUCCUCAGCAAGGCGGUGUCGGCCAAGGCCUGGAAGAACGGGAUGGCCGUGGUGGGCAACCCCUGCGCCAUCGUUGAUGUGCAGAAGACCGUCUCGAAGCGGGCGGCUGCUGCGUCAAAGCAGGAAUCGACUUCAGCAGUGGCAUUUGAUGAUGACGAAAAAGACUCAGAUUCAGUCUUGGAGGAGCUGGUGCCGUUGGUGGGCGCCAGGAAACCAGCGCGGCCACUCAAGAACAACGGGAAGGUGUUCUCUGAGGCCGGGGAUCGGGAGAGGAGAAAUCUCCUGGAGCUCAUGGCUCGGAUCGACGGUGUUGCUGGCCAGAGAUUUGGCAUUACUCGGGCAAGAACGGUGCGCGGCGCCGGUGAUCUUAUUGAAAAGGAUGCAGUCUUGAUUCUCAGGAGGAACCAAACUGUAAAGGUUGUUGAAUCAGAGGCACUUGGUAAAGCUGAGAGGGUGCCACGUUUUGAUGCAAACAUCAAGCACAAAGCAGCGGCGAAAGAACAAGAGAAGGCAUGGAAAAUACAAGACAAGGUGGAUGGAAUCCAAGAGAAAGCAGCGGCGAAAGAACAAGAGAAGGCAGGCAAAAUCCAAGACAAGGUGGAUGGAAUCCAAGAGAAAUCAAAGAACAUCCAAGAAAAGCUAGAGGAAAUCGGUAAAGCUGAAAGUAUCCAAGAAAAGACGGGUCAAAUCCUUGACAAAGCUGAGAAAAGCCAAUCCACACCAGAGAAAAUCCAAGAAAAUGAAAGAAAAGUCCAAGUGCAUACAGAGUUAGUCAGAAUCAAUGCGGAGAAGAUCCAAGACAAUGCGGAGAAGAUCCAAGACAAUGCAGAGAAAUUCCAAUGCAAGUUGGGAGAAAGUUAAAUUUGUACAACUAUUCUUGAGGCCAGCUUAAUCAGUUAUUGUUGGUAGUCGAUCUCAAGGACAAAGCUCGUGAGGUAUGGAUCUUAUUCCUCUGGUGCUAGGAUGGUAACACUUGUUCUAUCCAAAAAGGAUGGCCUGGCUGUGACCUCUGAUGAUUUACCUGUCAGACCAUGGAAUUCAAAUCCUACCUAUGUUGAUCCGUCAGUUGCAACAUUACUGCUGUGCCGGCAAUGACAUCAAGGUCACAUGCUACUGGUAAUGCCGAAACUCUGAACUCUGAACAAGAACAAAGUUCAGAAGGUCGUGAGAUGAUACUGCACCCUGGUUCUGUUAAUCCAAUCCUCACUCCAUGUAAGCAACUGAUAUUUGUGGAGCUUCAAAAUGGCCGUCCGUUGAAGCCAUGCUUUAGUUGAAAUAGGUUGUUGUAGUUUUGUGCAGCUUCGUUUAUUCUUUCUUCCUUGGUCUGCAAUGAAUACAAGAAUCACCAAGUGCUCCAUUGAUUUGUAUGUAGAUAGGAAGGCAGCUGAAGUUGAUGUUUAAGAGGGAAAAAAUCUUGUGACAUUUCCAUCUUCAGAAGGAUAUCAGUGGGUUGGGAAGAAAAUGCAUGGCGGGUGGAUAGUAUUUUCGUCGGCACCCUUCAGCAGAUUUUGAUUCGCGCCUCGUUGUCUGUUUUGAAUGGUGCAUUCAUUGCCAAUAUAUUCAUCACAUGAACUGUGUCGGACAAAUGCACAUUGCCGUCCUCCCAUAUGAAUGUUUCGCCCAGCUGUCUACAUCAUCAUGUAGACUCAAUGCAUCUAUUAAUGUGGUACUGGACGUGCCUAUGAUGUAAGUUAUGUUCAGAAAUCUAGUGAAAAUGGCAAGAAGUUUGGGGAUCUA